CGUACUCCCUCCUUCCGACACUUCCUUCCGCAAGUUAGCGCCGCGGAGAGGGGCUUUGGUGGGGAUUGCCAGCAUGCUAUCGGUCUUCCGAGCUAAGAUCAUUGGAAGAAUGAUGAUGUCUACCUUCUCUCUGGAGAACAGUAUUAAUGGCAUCAUUAAUUGGCAGUAAUUGAAUGAACUCGAAACGCAAAGGAGUUGGCCUGUCGGCCUUCACUGCUCGAUCUCAAGCAGUCUCACAAUUUGCUUCUCAUGGAGACUUUUUGAGAACUUCGAAUCUAAAUGCCCUCCAAACACAACUCUCAGUCUUCCAGUCCCUUCUGCAUCAGUUUUCCCUCACGCAUGCAAAGGAUAUCAGAUCAAAUCCAACUUUCAGAGCAGAGUUUGCGCGGAUGUGUAAUGCUAUCGGCGUAGAUCCUUUAGCCAGCAGCAAUGCCAGUAGAAAUUGGAAACAAGAGGGAAGUUUCUGGGCUCAAAUGCUGGGAGGUAGCGUCAACGACUUCUACUUCGAAUUGGCAGUGAGGGUUGUGGAGGUGUGCAAAGACACCCGAGCAGAAAAUGGAGGCUUGAUUCCACUUGCUGAGGCUCGGGAGAGGGUCACCAAAGGCAGAGCUAUUGGUGGUGGAAUGGAAGUUUCGGACGAUGAUAUAGUACGCGCAGUCAACUCAUUAAAGCCACUCGGAUCUGGCUUCACGCUGCCGGUCGUAGGCGGGCGGCCAAUGGUGAGAUCCGUUCCAAAGGAACUCAACGUCGACCAAUCUACCGUCCUGGACGCUUUGCAGAUGCUGGGCUACGUUACGGUAUCGAUGCUGCAAGAUAAUCUUAGCUGGGAGCGCCCUCGCGCUGAAACCGUCAUCACAGAUUUACUGGCGGACUCCCUGGUCUGGAUUGAUUUACAAGAUGAAGAGACCACUUAUUGGUCACCUACUUUUAUACACGAAGCCGCUCGAUAGAGGCAAUUUUUAUUCCUACAUCCUCGACCCAUGUAAAGCAUAGAGAGCGCCGA